AUGGCAGACAAUAAAAAUGGAAAGAAAGCUAUAGUCCAGAAGAGCGAAGGAUCUUCAAAAUUUGGCUCGCGCUUCAUUUCGAAACCUCCGAUGGGGAUGAUCGCUCCCCCGGAUUGGCCGCCUCGGCCAGACGUCUUUGACGAGGUGCUUCUGAGAAAGCCCAUCACCCCAGAAAGAGCCCAUGAUGCUUAUAUGGCCUGGUAUCUCCCUGACAAAACUCUUGGUUGGGUCUGGGAGCAAUGGGAAGCCAAUAAACAACGUCCAUACCCCCGACCUCCUGACAGCGAGGUGGACAUUCAUGUCUUGGCACACAACGUGUACGAGCACUUGAUGAGCGAUCCUCUCAUCCCAAUAGCCUACGCAGAGGGAAAGCAAAAAUUCAAAGAGCAAGGCCUUGACCGAGACUAUGAGUUCUCCAAGAAUAUGCAGCAAACGAAACAGGCGGCUAUCAACUCGGGCAGCCUUGGAUAUUUGGAAUAUCUUGAUCUGCGUCAGCUUCAAUCAGAAUGCAAAAGAAAAGGACUGGAUACGUCCGGAAAAGCAACUGAUCUCAAAUACCGCAUCAUAAACGAUACCAUGGAAAAGUGGUCUGGAAUGCUAAUGAAGAGCGACAUCUCUCACUGGGGCGUUGAACGAACCGAGAAGUACACUCUGGAACCCUGGAAAAGGCCCACGGCGAAUGCGCUGGAAAUGUACACCGCUGCAAUUCAGAUCAGUCCCUACAACCCGACUUACUGGGUCAGUCGUGCCUACUGCCAUUACCAGCUGGGAUACUUCGAUCUGGCCAUCGGUGACGCCUACCGUGCACAGCUUCUCUGCGAUGUGCUUGAACAAGCAUCGGAGCGCAAUCGGCGGCCUGGAUUCUACGCGAGAAUUUGGGAGGCAAUUGAGGCGCACUUAAUGGUGGCUCCCCGUGACGGUACUGGAAAUCUCAAGCCUGAAAUUACUCGCAUGCGUAAGGCGAAUGGCAUCAAUGUUUUUGUGCCUACUCUCCAAAAGUCGCUUCACGGUAUCAUCAGUCUUAGCCUUGCCGGACUCAAUGCAUGGAAUGAGUACCAUGAUCACAUGAAAAUCCUCGAAACCAGACUGGGAAUGCCCGAUCGCGAUGUACGAGUGCCACAGCUUCGCAAAAUUUUGAGCGACAAGGCCGCCAAGGUCUACCGUAGCGAAACUCAGUCCAAGAAGAAGCUCUUCUUCCACGAGCAAAGUGCGGGCGCGGUUCCAGCCAGUCGACCUUAUCCUUUUGAAAAUCAGGAUCUCGAUCGCACAUCCUCGUCAUUCCUCGAAAAGUUCAAUCAGAAUGUUUUCGAGAACGCCAACUUAACGGGUAAAUAUUCACCAUCCUGUCACGCUGCAAAGUCUGGUGCUACGCAGGAAAUCGGUAUCUUCGCCAGAAGCACGAUCAAACCAGGCGCCAUCAUUCACGUCGAGGAGCCAACGAUUCGAGGGCAUCUCCCGCCACGUCGUCUAACCAAAGACAUACACGGGAAAGCCCAUGACAAAAACCGAUGUGAGAACUGUCUCAAAGAGAUCAGUCCAGCGAUGGUGAGACAACAGAAAAUGACGAAGAAUAAGUGCCCAUGUUCUGAGAAGUGGCUGCGCCAGCCAGGAACCCCCGGUCUGGCAUUCUGCAAACCGAUCGCAAGAUCGAAGAAUCCGGAAAUGAGCUGUUUGGAAAUUGCACGCGAGCUUCAUCAUUUCAGUAGCUGCGGCAGGGACUGGCAAUGGCUGUAUGAUGCGAUGCGGCCUGUUGUUAAUACAUGGAAUGGCGGAGAGUACAUUUCCCACACGAAUGAAGGACAUGGUACUAUGCUUAUGCUUCUUCUACGCAACGUGUUUGAGAUUACGCUACAUCGCCGGCAAGAAGAACCAGAUGAUGGGAUGCGACUGAAUGCGCAUGAAAUUGAUGAGCUCCUCGUCCUUGAUGGGAAUAGCAAGUCUUGGAGAGACAGUUGGUUCCCCUUCAACAUGGCAGCGAACAUCAAGGUUCCUUUCGACAUCCUGGAAGCCCUGGGAGUGGAUAUCUUUCAGCGGCCAGAGUUUGAUACAUGGGUCAUUCAGAUCAUCCUGCGCAAGCUGCUGGUCAACUCCGUGCCUUGGGAUCCACGGCGUCAGGGCAAUGUAUCCGACAGAUUUAAGACUGAUCGAGAUAAAAAGCUGUAUGUCCCAGAGGCCCAAUUUCAGCGCAUGAAGAAGAAAGAGCCACUCAACGAGCUUGAUCCGUCCUUGGCAAAUUUAUACCUCUUCCCUGGACUGAGCAUGUUCAAUCAUUCCUGCGAGGGCUCUCAUAAUGCAGAUUGGGGGUAUGACACGGUGGUUCCCAACCGCGUCAUCGUUUGGGCUACCAAGGACAUCGCCGAAGGAGAAGAAAUUCGUAUCCGCUAUCGAAACCACGAGAUCAAAUCCCAGAGACGUGCAAUGCGACUGCUCGGAGGCCCAUGUCGUUGUGCUCGAUGCCACAAUAAAGCGCCACGCCCAGCAACCCCCGAUACGGAGAAUUUUACUGAUCAGACAUUCUCCUCCUCCGAGGCCGAACCGCGGUCCGAACCAAUGCCCCAGGAGUUCCAAAGUGAAGUACAUGACGACUCCGUCUCUUCAUGGGAAUUGUCGUCCCGGGAUGACGGUGAUACGAUAGACUCUCGAGAAGGUGAGAGAGAAAAAGCGGCCCGUCAAGAACAUGCUGUUGUCGAGAAUGGUAAAGUGGUGAUUUGUCGUAAACUUACGAGCCCAAGUCCACUGCAUCCAAGGACGUGCAAGAGAAAGAGACCCGAUAGCGGUGAGAAGAGCUGGAAUGUUCCGGAUACGAUCGUUGAUAUACAUGGCAAAGAACUUGAAGUCCCCGCAGAUCCGGAGAAGCGGGCGGAAUUCGCUCGAAAGUACAGGGAGAAGUUGAGGAAGGUAUCCGAGAAAGCGGAGGCACCAGCGAAGAAAGUUGUUGCAAGACGCAGGAAGUAG